CCCCGCCCGGCCGUGUCGGUGGCGCCCACCCGGCCGGGGGCUGAGGCGAUGAGGGGCUGAGGCGUGAGGGGCGCGGUCUCCCCAAGCACCGCCCCCUCGGGGCACGGACUGCCGCCCGAUUCGCUGCCGCCGUGAUGGGCAGGGCGGGGCCGGCGCUCGGCCCGCCCCCGUGUCUGUGGCGGCCGCCCGAGCGCGGCGGCGGCAGGCGGAAGAUGGCGGCGGCCGCGGCGGCGGCGCUGCGGGCCUGGUUCUGGAACGAGCGGUUCUGGCUCCCGCACAACGUGACGUGGGCGGACCUGGCCGGCGAGCCGGGCAGCGGGCUGCAGUACCCGCGGGCCGCUCACGUCCUCUCCGCCUUCCCGCUGGCGCUCGGCAUCUUCGCCGUGCGGCUGCUCUUCGAGAGGUUUAUUGCCAAGCCAUGUGCCAUAAACCUUGGCAUUCAGGACAGUGGACCUCACAGAGCCCAGCCCAAUGCAAUUUUAGAGAAAGUGUUUACAUCCAUCACUAAGUCUCCAGAUGCAAAAAGGUUAGAAGGCUUGUCCAAGCAGCUGGACUGGGAUGUCCGGAAGAUCCAGCGCUGGUUUCGGCACCGGAGGAACCAGGACAAGCCCACCACCCUCACUAAAUUUUGUGAGAGCAUGUGGAGAUUUACAUUUUAUUUCGGUAUAUUUUUUUAUGGAAUCAGGUUUCUCUGGACGGCACCCUGGUUUUGGGACACACGACAGUGCUGGUACAACUACCCUUUCCAGCCUCUAACAUCCAGGCUUUAUUAUUACUAUAUCUUGGAGCUGGCCUUCUACUGGUCCCUCAUGUUUUCUCAGUUUACAGACAUUAAACGGAAGGACUUCCUGAUCAUGUUUGUCCAUCACUUGGCCACGAUUGGACUCAUCACAUUCUCGUACAUGAAUAACAUGGUGCGGGUUGGAACUCUGGUGCUGUGCCUCCAUGAUGUUUCAGAUUUCCUCUUGGAGGCUGCAAAACUGGCCAAUUAUGCCAAGUACCAACGUCUGUGUGAUGCUUUCUUCAUGCUCUUUGGGGUCGUGUUCAUCGUGACCCGCCUGGGCAUUUACCCUUUCUGGAUUCUGAACACAACCCUGUUUGAAAGCUGGGAGCUGAUCGGUCCCUACCCUUCCUGGUGGCUGUUCAACGGGCUCCUGGUGACCUUGCAGGUCCUGCAUGUCAUCUGGUCUUACCUCAUCAUCCGCACGGCCUCCAAGGCCCUGGUGAGGGGCAAGGUGAGGUUCCCAGGGAGAAAGGACUCUAAGCUCUGUCUUCUUCAUUCUUUUCUCCUUUUCUCUGUGCCAGACUGGAGCUGGACAGUUUCACCCUGUGCAUGUAAGUGUGACCUGUGUUUCUGUUUGUUCACUGAAACACGUCUGUGUCGAGGCCCCAAGACAAAAGCAGAGCCCUGGUGCCUUCUCCUCGUCUCCCUGGUCCUGACAGAGUGCUAAAAUACUGUUUUUUCCAAAGGUCAGAGCAGUGUCCUGGGGUCUGUUCUCACCUGCUGUCACCUGCCUGCACAGCCUUCACUUUGUGCUUUUACACACCCACACACCAAUUUCUGUCUUUGCUCCUCAUCAGCACCACACUGAGGGGGAGAGGGCAGGAGGAAUUGACUCCUUUUUGUGAAAAGCAAUGAAACAGUCACUUCUCCCCCAAGAACAAAUGUCCAGGGAUUUCUGCUUCCUUCCAGUGACCCUUUGAACUUCCAAUAUAGCAGGAGAUUGGGGAAAGAUAGCAAAAGUUCUGGCAACAGGCAGAAGCCAGGACAUCCAAAAAGCUCCUGGAGAUCAUUAACUUUACCUGGCUUCCAGCCCGAUCUUCCCUGGAGUUCAAUCACUUCCUGCUGCUGCAGAGCCCUAACCCUGACUCCAAAAGAGCAGAGUGGAGUGAAAUCCUGGAAUCCUUGGAAAGCUGCAGGCCAGAGUGCUGGCACAUGGAGUUCCUGAGGCUGCAGAGGGAGGGGAGUGAGGAGCUGCCUUGGGCAGAGCAGGGGCUGCUCUCCAGGCCCAGCUCGUGCUGGGGAGCUUUGGCCCUGGCACCUGCCACCACCCAAGGUGUGUGUUUGCAUUGGGGCUGGGUUUAUGGGCUCUUCCCCUCCCCUCCUGGCUCUGCAGGGCUGCCCUGCUGUGGCACUUGGAGCAGCUGGCACCACGCUCCUGCUGGGAAGGUUCAAAAUCCCACGUGCAAGUCAAACAGGGCUGGAUUUGCAGCAGGCUCUGAACUAAGGCAUGCUCUAAGCAGAUCUGCAUCCCUGGGCUGAGGCUGCUCUUGCUCUGAGCAGGUGUUUGCUGGACCAGACCCUGCCUUUGUUCUCCAUCCCCUCUCCAAACAGGCUCCUGCUCCUAAAUGGGAUCUCCCAGAUGAAGCACAGGCUGUGGAAAUGAGAUGCUUUGUUGGAAGAGUGAUGUGAUAAAUAAAGCUGGUUAAUUUUUAAAAUAGCAAUGCUGCUCCCUGUAGGACAAAACGUUCUCUCUCAAACUGACACAUUCCUGGUUUUUGGUCGUCGGAAACACUUGUGAUUGUGGCAUGAGAAAUUUUUGAUUCAAAACAAAUUGUUUAGAAAAAUGGCCUUUAACUGAUCUGGAGAGGAGCCCUUGGCAGAGAAGAACAACACCAGAUCUGUAAUCUCAUCUGAUCUGGUGAGGACAAGAGUGAAGUGCUUUGACAGAUACACAGAAUAUUUGGAAAAUGGAGCUCGUCUUUCCAAAUUGUCUUUUUCAGUGUCUGUGUCUUGUUCCUAAUGUGAUGACAGGCUCCUUCUUGGGAGCUUGAACUGAGCCAGACUCAGAUAUAGCAGGUAGAUGUGAGUGAAGGUGGUUCACCACAGGGACACAACCUUCUAACUGCUGGUUUCUGUCAAUUUUUCAACUCCCCUUCUCCUCUCCCACUCCCCAAUUCCAUUGGCAACGUUUAGGUGUCCAAGGAUGACCGCAGUGACGUGGAGAGCAGCUCCGAGGAGGAGGAUGUGACUUCCAACAGCACAAAAGGAAUUUUCAGCACUUCCAGUAACGGUUCCAACCGCCUGAACGGCCACGUGGCCGGGGGCCAGUGGACAGGA